UAGUGAAGAAUCAUAAAGAAUAAUUUAUUUGAUUGAACCUGUAUUUUCUACAAUAAACAACCAUGGUAUCAUCCAUAUUUUCAACACCUUAAAUUCGACCUUUUCGUCAUAAAUAUUCCAAAACCUAAUAUGGCAACACCUCAAGCUCUUCAUCAUGCCCUCCUUCGACCAUGUAUUCUACAUAUUCUUCGCGCAGCAGGUUAUCACUCAACUCGUUCCUCAGUUCUUGAUACCGUUACCGACUUAGCUGCUCGAUAUAUGUAUAUACUCGCACAAUCAACAGCAGCGCAUGCUGAUUUAAAUCAUGCAGAUCUCGAUAUCACAAUUCAAGAUGUACGAAUGGCUAUGCAAGAUUGUGGAGCUCUUAUGCCAGAGAAAGCAAUAGAGGAACAAGAAUUUUACGGCGUGGAGGACAUGAGAGGUGUAGAAGGGUUUUUAGCAUGGGCAAUGGGGGAAGGAAAUAAAGAGAUUAGAAGGAUUGCGCUGGCGGAUGGAGGGGAGGAUUACUUGACUGGCAUGUUUUACCUCUUUUCUUCUCUGCUAUUUUAUGAGUCUGGUUGGGCACUGACUAGAAUAUAGCUCUUAAAAAGAAGCAUAACACGACAGAUGAAGAUACACGAUACCAUGGGACAUUAUUAGGAAGACCUGCCGAACCUCGAAUAGUGAAAGUUGAAGGAGGAGAAAUUACAAGUGUGAAGGAAUGGGCAGAUCGAUUGAAACCAAUACCAAAACAGAUAACGGAAACACCUUCUACAAGAGAGGCAUCUUCAGCCUUAAGUUCUGUUGGGGAUCAAGUUAUGGACAAUAUGGAGUUUUAAUUCCAAAAAGGAAUGAUUAUUUUGAUCUUUGGGCAUGGCGACGGCGUUUGGGUUAUUUCACGGAUAUAAUAAUGGCCGCCAUAUGGAUUGGUGAAUCAUGGCAAACCACCACAAUGAUAUCAGGUCUGAAUCAGGACUCCCAGCAUAAUAUUCAACCUUAAACAG